AUGACCGAGGUUACCAGUGCGGAUUAUUCCAAGCAAGGGUACCAUGAAAUACCAAAGACAGCAUACACUACCCCUAUAAAUUGGCUCAUCCUUUCCGAUAACAAGAUAAGAGAGGUGCCGGAAAGUAUAAAGGAGCUCAAGACCUUAAGCAGGCUUGCUCUAAACGACAACAGAAUUGAAGAAAUACACCCUGGAAUUGGGUCUCUUGUGGGACUCACAUGGAUCGACCUUACUAGAAACCGACUCAGGUCAUUGCCCGACGAAAUGUCAAAUCUAAAAAGAGUAUCUGGGCUUGGGCUGAGCGAGAACAACUUCUCCGAAAUUCCCAGAUGUAUAUUCAAAAUGACCAAUCUCCGGAAGUUUGGCUUUUUUUCAAACAAAAUCAGAACAAUUCCCAAAGACAUCAGGUUUCUCAUCAACCUAAUCAAAAUAGAUUUAUCCAAUAAUGAGAUUUCCUCACUUCCCGACGAAUUCUGUGAGCUGAAAAACCUAAACUGGCUGAAUCUGUCCAACAAUAAACUGCAGAAGCUUCCUGACGGAAUCAACAACUUGGUACAAUUGGAGGAACUUGGUCUUGGCGCAAACUGCCUCACCGAGCUACCUGACAUGAGUAACCUGAGGAAGUUGAGGAUACUCCCGGUCUUUAAGAACCAGCUGACCCACAUAAACCAAAGUAUAUCCCGUCUCAGCAGCAUCGAAAAACUGGACUUCAGCGACAACAACAUCAUUGAAUUCCCUGGGCAUGUGAUAGGUAUUCCAACUCUAAGAUAUCUAAAUCUAAAAUCAAACAAGAUUUCAAAGAUAGACCCAAGCACAUUCAGAAGCCGUGUAUCUUCAGUCUCAAUAAUCGAUGUGAGUGACAAUCUUCUUAGCUGUAUCCCUUUGAAAUUCUUCAAAACCUUUUCAAAUGUAACAGUAAUAAGAGUGGGGGAAAACCCAUUUGUUUAUCAUGAGAGCAAGCCAGCACCCAGCCCGGCCUUAACGGAGCUCUGCUACAACAAAUGCCUAAAUAUGCAGUACAAAUGCGAAAGCUGGAUAAGGAAGAGGUACCCAAAUGUAAAGAGCUGCGAUGCUUGCAGUAAGCUGUUUACUACCCAACCUCAUCUGGGAUAUAGCCUCAGCUCGGUUGGGGAUGGAAGUACAUUUGUUGUUGAAAAGAUGUUAUGCUCUUAUGGUUGCUACAAAAACGAAUAUAAAUAA